AGCGAGCAGGAUCUGAUCAGGAAACGCUCUGUAGCUUUCUCUACCUGCGGACAAGCAGCCUGAAGAAAGCACAGAGCCUCAACAGUGACACAGGCUCAGAGAAAAAAAAAAUAUAUUUAAUCUAAAGGAUUGUCCCGGUGAGCAGAGAUGGUUUGCGGCGGAUUCGUUUGCACCAAGAACGCACUCUGCGCACUCAAUAUACUUUAUGUUUUGGUGAGUCUGCUCCUGAUCGGAGUGGCAGCCUGGGGGAAAUGGCUCGGCCUGGUCUCCAGCAUCAACGUGGUGGCUGGUGUCAUUGGCGUGGGCGCGUUCCUGUUCCUGGUCGCCUUUGUGGGUCUGUGCGGCGCUCUGAAGCACCACCAAGUCCUGCUCUUCUUCUACAUGAUGAUCCUCUUCAUAGUGUUUGUCGUGCAGUUUUCUGUGUCCUGUGCUUGCCUGGCCCUGAAUAAAGAGCAACAGAACAAUCUGCUGGCGGCUGGAUGGAACAAAUCCGAGGUAACCCAAAACGACAUCGAGAAAACACUCGACUGUUGCGGCUUCUUCACCGUUGACCUCAAUGGCACAUGUCCCGCUAGAUGCUUCCACGUCGCACCUAAACCGACCUGUAACUCGUGCUCAGACAUCAUCCAGCAGUACACGGGAGAUGUGCUACGGUUCGUGGGUAGUAUCGGACUCUUCUUCAGUUUCACGGAGAUCCUCGGAGUUUGGCUCACCCACAGAUACAGAAAUAUCAAAGAUCCUCGAGGGAAUCCUGGAGCCUUUCUAUAAUCACUCACAAGUCAAUAAACCAAAGAGAUCGCUAAAUAACUAUUCCUUAACUUUGUAAAUUACACUUAUCUGGACUUUUGUAUGAUUUGAAGAAUGUAACUUUUUACUGUAAUAAUUACUCUUUUAUUUUUUGCUGCUGAGAAUAUUGGUCGUUUCUUUGAAUACAUAGUUUGACAUUUAGGAAAAUAAGCGUUUUCAGAGAGUUAAAUGAAGAGAUUACCAUACUCAUGUCCUUUAAGAGUAGAGGUGCUUGUAAGGAAACUUUUGCUAAUCUAAGAUAACUCGCUGCUGUUGGCAGCCGGUUUGAUUAGCUGAGCAUUAAGCCUGGAAGCGGUGAACAGCAUCUGUGUGUGCUCACCAUACACACCCCUUAUGCAAAUAAAGUGCAGGUAAGCACCAUGAUUACUGGAUGACUGUGCUCACCACUCCCAGACUAACUUAUUCACAGGUGACCACACACACUGGUGUGUUUUGUAGAUGGUGGAUUUGGGUGUUUGGAGUAAGAAAAGGAUUAAGAACAAAUGUAAUCAAACUAGUUACAGCUUGAUACUCUUAUUCAACCUGGUUUGUUUUUGCUUUACACGUGUAUUUAUUGCUCUUUGUUUCAUGUGGAAACACAUCUGAAUGUUAUGAAUUAUUACCAAAUCAUGGUUCGACUGUAGUCAUUUUCCAUAACUGUUCAAAAUAAACACGCAGAGUUGGAGUACACGUAAAGAGAAAUGUUGCAUUUAUGCUUGUCAGCUCAAGGGCUGACGGACUUUACAUAACUUAGUGCCACAUGACUUGUUCACAUUCCUCGGCUCAAACAGGAUGCCAACCAGGAACUGCACUCUCUGUUUGGAUUCCUCUGAAUAAGCCAACAGUCUCCUUAGGCAGCGGUCCAACCUGUUCACCAAGGUGAUUGUGAACUUGUGAAAUAGCUCAGCUGCUGCACUGCCGGCUUUUAAAAUGAAGUCAUUGUGUGCACACUGUAUCAUUCUUUGUUUAGCUCCAUCUACGUGUUUCACAAACGGAUAAUAAACUAACAUGCGCUGGCAGGGGAGAG